GAUUUCCCAGCGUAUAAAACACGUUAUAUUUCUGAGUAUCGGUUAUUUUGUUUCCACCUUUCGUGACAGAGCCAUCUAGUGAAUAGCUCGUGAAACUCGUGUGCGGCUAGUAAAGUGCAUAUUUUGUGAAGUGUUUCAAGUUAAAUCGUAAAAAAUCAAAAUGCCUGGUCGUCCUAUUUGGCAGUGCGCUGGUAAACGUGAACCAGAAAAGGAAGUGGAAGCUCAAAGAUGGAUUGAGGCUGUCAUCGGCGAGAGAUUCCCACCGAAUCUACCUUACGAGCUUGCCUUAAGAGAUGGCAUCAUUUUAUGCAAGCUAAUGAACAGACUGAAGCCUGGCCUCAUCACCAAGGUCAAUGUUUCAGGAGGUGACUACAAAUUCAUGGACAACAUCAGCCAAUUUCAGAAGGCAUGUGUGAAGUAUGGAGUACCUGAUGUUGACCUAUUCCAAACCACAGACUUAUGGGACCAAAAGAACAUUGCUCUUGUUACUCAAACUAUCUUCGCUAUCGGAAGAACGGCAUACAAACACCCAGAAUGGCGCGGUCCCUUCCUCGGUCCGAAACCAGCUGAAGAAAAUCGUCGGGAAUUCAGCGAGGAUGUCCUCCGGGCCGGCGAAGGCGUUAUCGGUCUUCAAGCUGGCACCAACAAGGUCGCUACGCAGUCUGGUCAAAACUUCGGCGCAUCACGCAAAAUUAUCCUUGGAAAGUAAACAAUUAAUACCUAGGGGCUAGUAUACAUUAUUUUGGUAAUGUGCGUUUAGAAAACUUUCUUGUCUCAAACUUUCAUACAAACAGAAGCGCGCACUUGUAGUCAAGCGCAGCUUCUCUAAACGCACGUACCAAGGCUCGCGUUAAAAUAACUAAUGUGUACUAACUUGGUACUAGUUCUAAGUAUUUAGGGAAAAGAAAGAAGGUUAACGUUAAC